GAAUAGAAUUAACUUGUGUUAUUAUGAGUUAUUGAAAAAACUUAAAAAAGUCCCAGACGAGGAGGAGACGAGGCCAGACUACCUACUCUCCCCAAAUCUCUCUCUGUAAAUUCGCCAUUUCAUCAAUAAAAUCAAAUCGCAUUUGACUAUCGUAAGACGUGCCGAGAUGGGGACUAUACAUCGCAGUUUCUCCUGCAGUGGAGUUUAUAGGAAAACAAAUGAUAGUGUCAGGCUCAUUAUCGUGACAAUCGUCGGAGUUGCUUUUGGAUUUUUUGUUGGUAUAUCAUUUCCAGCAGUGACAUAUACAAAGAAUGAAUUUAGAAGAAGCAAAUCACUUGAAACUCUUGGAUCAGGCAGCAAUGUCACUAAAAUUUAUGUUCCAACAAAUCCUCGUGGUGCGGAGUUAUUGCCUCCAGGAAUUGUUGUGGCUGAAUCUGACUUUUACUUGCGAAGAUUAUGGGGUGAACCUAGUGAGGAUAUGUUGAAGAAGCCAAAGUAUUUAUUAACAUUUACAGUCGGUUAUGAUCAAAGGAACAACAUUAACGCAGCAGUUAAAAAGUUUUCUGAUGAUUUCCAAAUUUUGCUUUUCCACUAUGAUGGCCGGACAAGCGAGUGGGACCAGUUUGAGUGGUCAAAAAGUGCAAUCCAUGUUAGUGUAGUGAGACAAACAAAAUGGUGGUAUGCAAAAAGGUUUUUGCAUCCUGAUAUUGUUGGAGCUUAUGAAUAUAUUUUUAUAUGGGAUGAAGAUCUUGGAGUAGAACAUUUUAAUGGAGAGAAGUAUAUACAGUUGGUCAAGAAACAUGGUCUGGAGAUCUCUCAACCAGGUCUUGAGCCUAAUAAUGGACUUACAUGGCAGAUGACGAAGAGGAGAGGAGACAGAGAGGUUCACAAGGAUACAGAGGAGAAACCAGGCUGGUGUAGUGACCCACAUUUGCCUCCAUGUGCUGCCUUUGUGGAAAUCAUGGCACCUGUAUUCUCUCGUGAGGCUUGGCGUUGUGUGUGGCACAUGAUUCAGAAUGAUUUGGUGCAUGGAUGGGGAUUGGAUUUUGCUCUCAGAAGAUGUGUAGAGCCUGCACAUGAAAAAAUUGGAGUGGUUGAUUCACAGUGGAUUAUUCAUCAAGUGAUUCCUUCUCUUGGCAGCCAGGGGAAGUCAGAGAAGGGGAAAGCUCCAUGGGAAGGGGUGAGAGCAAGAUGCAGAAACGAGUGGUCUUUAUUCCGGAGCCGUCUUGCAGAUGCUGAACAAGCAUACAUCUCUCAGACUAAGAAGGGGUGAUUUUUUUGCCCUAACUCUUCCUGCCCCUUCCCUGCAUCUCACUUGGCCCUGAAAUGUGUAUGAGAUUCAACCCGCAGAAGAUCUUUUGCUUAAAGUGGCAUGCUUAGUUUCUGUUUCACGUUUUGAGUAUCCUGUCCAUAUUUGUUGUUGUUGUCCAUCGGGACAUGAGAUGAAAUUCGGACUUCACCUUUCAGUUAAAUUGAUAGAAAGUUGUCUUCAGACGACUUGUUCAUCAUCCAUUCUUUGAUAAGGUCUAGAGUAUAGCAAAUUGUCUUGAUGACAUGUUCCUUGGUGUGGUCCCUUUUGCCCACAGCCUGUGACUUAGGUAGGCAAGGCAAGCCUGUUCUAAAUGGAAUAUGGUAGACGGAGGGAGAGGCUAAAAAACAAAAACCGCAAUGGUUUCAGGAAUGCAUUAAAUAUGUGUAUCAUUCCGUGAAUUUUGGGUCAGUGAUGAUUUGACUUGAAAUUCGAAUUGGCUGAUUAAA